CGGCUGCUCUCUACCGUACUGGGAGGAAGGUCUUGACCUACACUUUCACGAGAAUUUUCGGACUUUUCAACCUCGAUUUAUCACCGACCUCUUUCUUACAGCUACCCUUCAGCAGCCAUCGACUGAUGCAAUAGUCGUCGUCGAGCCCCGUCCCGUAGUCGGGACAUUACUAUCACCUCAAACGACGGGGAUCGUAAUAUCACUUGAUAAUCAUGGUUUCCCUACGUUCAUUAUUCACAUUUAUUGGUGUAUCUGCCAUUGUUCAAGAUGUCGUCGCAAAUAAUUCACAUAGGAACCCUUUGAAAUACAUCUCCAUACUGGAAGAACCGACCUUCAACACCCCUUCGAAACGCGUUCAUUCCCAUUCCUCCUUUGAUCUCACCUUUUCCCUCCAUGACGGCCAGCAAGACGUCCGUCUGGCCCUCGAACCCAACCACGACAUCCUCCAAGACAACUUGCAAGUCAACUACCUCGCGCCUGACGGGACUUUGAGGCAAGUCGAACACGUACAACGACACGAACACAAGGUCUUCCGCGGCAAGGCCUUUGUCCGACGCGAGGACCGCUCCGAGUGGACCCACGUUGGAUGGGCGAGGAUAACGGUCCAUCGCGAUGGUAAGCACCCCGUCUUGGAAGGGGCUUUCCGUGUCGAUGGAGACCACCACCACAUUCAUACCGCCUCCAACUAUCGGCGCCUGAGACACCCGCAAGACCCCGACGUCGAGAAUGGCCUGGAUCCGGACGAGUACAUGGUCGUCUGGAGAGAUUCGGACAUCAUGGAUGACUACUACUACUACGACGACUCCCGAGACCUAAAGCGAGACGUGCGCGGUUCCAGGCACUGCGACUCCGAGCAGCUCUCGUUCAACACAAAGUACGACCCCUGGGCACACGGAGACGAAGAGGACCCGUUGCGAGCCGCGUCCACGAGGUCCUUGUUCGGCAGGCAGAUGGACACCGGGCCGACUGGCGACGACGGUGCCGCCGUCGGUCUGGCUUCGACCAUUGGGAGCACCCUGGGCUGCCCCAACACCCGCAGGGUUGCCCUGGUCGGCAUCGCCACCGAUUGCACCUACACGGCUGCCUUCAAUUCGAGCCAGUCCGUCCGCUCCAACAUGAUCAACCUCGUGAACGCCGCCUCCGAGGUGUACGAGAACAGCUUCAACAUCUCCCUGGGCAUCCAGAACCUGACCAUCAGCGACGCCGCCUGCCCCGCGUCUGCCAGCAAUCUCGCUCCGUGGAACAUCGGCUGCGACCCGAAUACGAGAAUCGGCGACCGCCUGGUUCUCUUCUCCAGGUGGCGCGGCGCCAUCGACGACAACAACGCCUUUUGGACCUUGUUCAGCACCUGUGACACGGGCAGCGCCGUAGGCCUGGCCUGGUUGGGCCAGGUCUGUGUCCAGGGCUCUCAGGACACGGAGGGCAACGACGGUGGCGUCGAGACGGUCUCGUCGGCCAACGUCGUCCUCCGCACGCCGCAGAGUGAAUGGCAGGUCUUUGCACACGAGGCUGGGCAUACGUUCGGCGCCGUGCACGACUGCGACGAGGGCGAGUGCGCGGCCGUGGGCUCCGACGGCAUGCGGCGAUGCUGCCCUCUCAGUGCCGACGAAUGCGACGCCCGCGCGCAGUUCCUCAUGAACCCUUCUACCGGAUCCCACCUUCGGCAGUUCUCUCCGUGUACCAUCGGCAACGUCUGCUCGGCGCUUUACCGAAAUGCGAUCCGAUCGGACUGCUUGAUGGACAACCGCAACGUCGAGACGAUCACGGGAAGUCAGUGCGGCAAUGGCAUUGUCGAGGCCGGCGAGGACUGCGAUUGCGGUGGCGCCGAGGAGUGCGGGGACGACCCGUGCUGCAACCCCGAGACGUGCCGGUUCACGGAGAAUUCGGUCUGCGACCCUGCCAACGAGGCAUGCUGCACCGGUCAGUGCCGGUUCGCCGCGUCGGGCGCCGUGUGUCGCGAGAGCACGGGGCUGUGCGACCCGCAAGAGGUAUGCCCCGGCGAUUCGGGCAUGUGCCCCAGCGACCGCCACCUGGACGACGGCGAGUCGUGCGGCGACGACGGCGACAACCUGCGCUGCGCGUCGGGCCAGUGCACCUCCCGGGACCAGCAGUGCCAGGUGGCGGUCGGCUCCCGGGAUACGAACAACGAGACCACCGCUUGCGGCUCCCAAUGCCAGCUCCUCUGCCGGUCGCCCACGGUCUUUGGGACGGACAUGUGCCGGCAACCCGCCAGCCAGUUCUUCAUAGACGGGACGCCUUGCUCCAACGGCGGGAGAUGCAGAAACGGCGUCUGCCGUGGGGAGUCUGUCGCCGGCAGCGUGGAGAACUUCUUCCAAGAAUAUCGUCAUAUUAUUAUUCCCGUGGCCGCGUCUGUCGGAGGUCUUAUCGCACUGGCCAUCCUUUGGUGCUGCGUCUCGUCGUGCUGCAAGAGGCGUCGGCGCAACAAGGCGGCGAAACAGCCCCCUAGCCCCCCACCGGCGGCGGCGGCAGCAGCAGCAGCCAACAACGACGGGCACGGCUAUGGUGGUGCAUGGAACGCCUCGGUUCCCCCGCCCGCUCCUCCUUCUGUUCCUCCUGUUCCGCCACCGCAGCCACAGAUGUCGUCGCAAUACGGUUCCUACGGUAACGACCCGCAACGGGAUUACCCGUCGAAUUACUCGCAGGGCUCGGGGCCAUCCUACCCAGGGCAGUGGAUGCCGCAGAGGGGCCAGGGGUCCAUGAAUACGCGGUAUGCCUAGGAUUUGGCUGGCCCUCUUUUUCUUUUUCUUUUCCUUUUCCUUUUUAUUUUAUUUUCUCACGCAACGCCCUAUUCUCGUGGUCUUCGUCGUCGGUCACAUCCUCGUCGUCGUGGCGGGAUGACUGGGCUA